AUGGCCGCCACCGUGGAUAGCAAUUCGUCGACCCGUGUCUCUUCGGAGACAGUACAGGCAGCCCAAGACGGCCCAAUACCCAUCUUUGAUGCCAACCUACGUGUCCUUCAGAAUUCCUAUAUCAGCUUUUUCACUGAAAGGAAACGAAUUGAAGAAGUAUAUGUUGAAUCCUUAAACAAGCUGUAUCGCAAGGCCCAGGCAAUCGAUGCUUACCUCGACGACCAGCACGAGGCAAGUACAACUAGAGCUGCUUGGACAGAGAUCAGAGAGAAUGUCGAUAGAGAAAUACAAGGGCGGCAGGGGUUUCUCCAGUCUCUUGUUGAAGGCGUUUUAGCUCCUUUGGUCAACCUAAAGGAAGUACAAGAUCGUACUCGCAAACGAGUCAAAGAAGACUUGAAGGCCGCGACCUCAGCUCACGUCGACUACGCAGAUCAGACACUUCCCAAACUGAAACGUACUUAUCUUCGGAAAUGCCAAGAAAUUGACGAGCUGAGGGCUACCCAAGCCGCCUCUCCACCACCAUCUGCUGGGCGUACUUCUCAGGAAAUGCAAUUUGCACCUCUCACGAGUACGCGGUCAAUUCCUACCGGAACCUCAAGACCUCCUGUUACAUCUCCCCAGCCUCUGAGACCACUCGAGCGUCGACCUUCCGGAACAUCGGCUGCUCAUCGGAGUCGCUCUCCUACCACAGCAACUGCGCUCCAGGACCUGGCCCAACAAGGCAAGAAACAGUUAUCGCAACUCAGGACCUUCUUGGACAAGGGAGGAAACAUGAAAGAAGCAACAGGUGGAGGCAAACCAGACCAUGCCCUGCGUGUUGUUCGCUUGAAGCGAGAGUGUAACGAUGCUGAUCAAGAGUAUCGCAAAGCUGUUCAUUGGCUAGAGACACUGCGUAAACACAGGAUCAAGACUCUGGAUGCUGGCUAUCAUAGCCUGGAGACAUUCAUAAAUGAAGCUGCGGAAACCGUGAAGAAGGUCUUAGUAACCUAUACUGAUAACGCAACUGCCAUGUUUGCGACUCAGACACAACUUGCACAACACGCACGCAGCAUGGUCGACCAUAUCGCACCCCGAACAGACACACUCAACAGGCUUGCUGGGGUAAAGGCCUCCUUCGACCUGGCUAUUCCUAAACCCAUACUAUAUUACAACUAUCACGUGGGGGAAUGUCAGGACCUCAUCUUUGGCGUGUCGUUGACCGACUAUGCGACGGCACGGGGGUUACCUGAAGGCGACAUUCCGAGGAUCGUGAAGUUGUGUAUUGCGUAUAUCGACGAGCGGGGAUUGAAAGCUGAGGGCAUCUAUCGAGUCUCCGGGCGACUUGCGGUCGUUCAGGAGCUGCAACAUAAACUAGAAAGAAAUGAGCAACGAUUUGCGUUUAAUCCUGCUAUCGACGAUGUGUAUUCUGUAUCAGCUCUGCUUGGGCUAUACCUCAGGCAACUGCCGGAACCUCUGUUCAGAUUUUCCCUGCAAGACCGUCUUCAACACACAGAAGAAAUCGCAAAUCAUGAAGCAAACGGUUUCGUCUUGAUUCGCGCCAAGAUGCGUCGUUUGCCGACCAUCCACCGUGCUACCCUCCGUGCUGUAGUCGAGCAUCUCGCUCGUGUGGCCUCUCAUUCGGAACAUAAUAAGAUGGAUGCGAAGAACCUUGCGAUAGCGUUCGGAGGUGUAAUUUUUGGUAGUGAAGAAGAGCUCCCCCAAAAUGCAGAUAUACUGACAAUGCAGUCCUGGAAGAAGGAUUCCUUAAUGGAGGAUCUCAUCGAGAACGCUCCCGCCCUUUUUGAUGACCAGCCACGUACCUUCCGAAGAUCACUGGAUGGCCGCUCAACCCACUCCGCUCAACCCACUCCUCGCAUGCAACCUCUACCAAUAAGUGAACCGUCUACACCAUCCGUCGAGUCCUUCCGUGACGACCCAUUCGACACCUCUCCUCCUCUUCCCGAACCUCCUGCCGGCGAGUCAACACCAUUCUAUCCCUACGGCUCAGUGCAUACGAAAGUCUCCAGCGUGCCACCGCCAAUAUCCACUCCGGUAUCACGCACAGAACCGCUUCCGAAUGUCGCACCACAACAACCACCUCAGACACCCGUCUCAACAGCUAGGUUCGCCGAGUCUGGAACGACAACCACACCCACAGGCGCUUCUACCUCGGCGUUCCAACCACAGAGCCCAGAGACCGAUUUCACACCCAAGCUACCACCAAGACCGGCAAACAGCAUCCAUCCGUCCUCGAGGAAUAUGAACAGCGGCAAUACUAAUUCGGGAGGUUCGACAGGGGUCAAGUUCCCAGCUCAAGUGAAAAGAUUGCCUCCAUCCUCGACGUUGCAGCAGCAGCAAGAAUCGGUCAUGGCUGGAAGGCAGACACCGCCUAGCCCAACGAAGGCGUCCCUGGAGCGUGCGGCAUUAGCGAGACAACUUUCGGAGGUAGAAGAGGCGGCGGAAGUCGAUAGUAAUGGAGCGGACCAUGAACAUACUGGCGCUAACACCAUCGGUACAAGCUCCCGACGACAGAGUACUGAUUUUCGAGGGAGUUCUGGGUCUAAUACAGAGAAGAAGCCGCUGGGCACACAAGCACGAGCGCCAACUUUCACGCAAUCGGUAGUCAAUGCGUUAGCGGACUCGUCAUCCCCGAUAUCGCCCAUCUCGGUCUACACGAGCGCGCCACACACGCCCAAUGAGGGUACUACGGGGCAUGAACACAAUCCGUUCGAUGAUCGGUCUUGAAGUUUCAUCUGCGCGUUUCGACAUUAUAUCUCACGAUUUUCUGAUGACCAACGUUUGGAAUGCAUGGUCCUUCGCUACGCUACGCCACGCCAUCUGUAGACUGUUGUUUUUUUGUUUUGUUUCCAUACCCAUCCGUUAUCCGUCAUCGUUCAUAAUUGUCAAGUUGUUCAUCUCCCAUGCAUUUCCCCUCAUAUCUCGGGUGGACCUCUCCGUUCUUGUCGUCUUCUUUAUCUUAUAUAUCCCAUCGUCCAGGAGGAUCAUCUUCAUUGUUCGGAUUCGGAUCACACGAUGUCAAUAUAUCCAUAACCAUUUCCCC